GAGGAGCUGACGAACUUGAUCAAAACGAUCCGCAACGCCAUGAAGAUCCGCGACGUCACCAAGUGCCUGGAGGAGUUCGAGCUCCUCGGCAAAGCCUACGGCAAAGCCAAGAGCAUCGUCGACAAGGAGGGCGUGCCGCGCUUCUACGUCCGCAUUUUGGCCGAUUUGGAGGAUUACCUCAACGAGCUGUGGGAGGACAAGGAAGGGAAGAAGAAGAUGAACAAGAACAACGCGAAGGCGCUCAGCACCCUCCGGCAGAAGAUCCGGAAGUACAACCGGGAUUACGAGACCCACAUCGCUAAUUACAAGCAGAACCCGGAGCAGUCGGACGAAGACGAGGAGAAGAAAAGUCGGGAUUCGGAAGGCUCCACCUCUUCGUCUUCGGAGGAGGAGGAGGACGAGGACGGCGUCAGCGCCGCCGCUUUCCUGAAGAAGAAGGACGCCGGCGGCGAGUCGCGGAGCCGCUACUUGAAGAAGAUGGAGGUGGGCUCGCCGGGGCGGGAGUACGUCGACCACCUGAAGGACGAAGGGCGCGUCUGCGGCAUCAUCGCCCGCCUCCAGCGCUACCUGCAGGAGAAAGGGACGACGGAGGAGCUGUGCCGCGUCUACCUGCGCCGCGUCCUCCACACCUACUACAAGUUCGACUACCGCGCCCACCGCCGCGCCCACGGCGACGCCCAACGGGCGGGGGAAGAGGAAGAGGAAGAGGAAGACUCGGCGGCGCUGAUGGAGCGCCUCUGCAAGUACGUCUACGCCAAGGACCGCACCGACCGCAUCCGCACCUGCGCCAUCCUGUGCCACAUCUACCACCACGCCCUCCACAGCCGCUGGUACCAGGCCCGUGACCUCAUGCUGAUGUCACACCUGCAGGACAACAUCCAGCACGCCGACCCCCCCGUCCAG